CAAUAAUUGGGAUGUCGAAGAAGCUUUGUGGGACGUAGGUGGGUAAUUCUCCCAGAAGAGGAUAUCUAUGCGGAUAAGCUGGACGGUUGAUGGCGAAAGUGUUGACCUCGCUUCUACUGAUUCGAUUAGAGCAAGUUUUCCGGAAGAUCCCCACCUCAUAACACCGAUUCUUCUUUUACGAAAAAGAAGUCAGCAGAAGAGGGUGAUCGAACGAAAUGGAAUCAAGGGAUAAGGUGAAGCUAUUACAGACAGCCAUAAAGCAACUGAUUGAAGAAGCGAAAGUAAGAAAUACAGACGGGCCCUCAUUGGAUGAGAGCUUUGUUGCAGUCUCUGGCGACAAAGAUGGUUCCCCCGACGACGACGACGACGACGACCGCCGCCUUCUUCUCUCCAAAUUACUUUCACAGUUAGAUGCCUUGCAAGAAGAUGGCAUGCUCGAGGAACCCAAAGCAUCAGCUGACAAUAGUAAGGUACCCAACCCUGAAGCUGAAGCUGAAGCUGGCGAGAAGAGUGAGACUGCAAAUGAAGCAAGGAAGGGGGACUCGAGCUCCGAAAUUGGGAAAGAAGAUAUCAUUAAGGAGCUUAACGAAGUUAAGAGGCAGAACUUUAUCACUCAUUGUCUUCUGUCAGCCAUGAUUGUUCUCACUGUUGCCUGGCAGCUUUCCCAAGUCUCGCUCAUUCUGAAGGUCAAAGAAGGAUUAAGCCACCCAUUUAAAUCCUUGGGGGGUAUGAUCACCGGGCUGCUGAAAGGUAACAGAAGAAUUACGGGUCAGGAAGUAGAUAAACUAGCCUCCUCUGUGAUGCCAAAGCCAAUUCUUGCGGCCUCAUCUCUGCCGGAUCUAAAGAUUCCAGAGCUUCCCCGUGUGGAACUCCCAGUAUUUGAUGUAGACAAUGAAGAAUAGCAAAACAUUUGUGUUUUGCUUGCGAAAUGUCCACGCAAGCAAGCAGGCAAAUUACUCUGUCCGAGUAUCAAUUGUUCCAGUCAACCACGGUACUAAAAAGAUCUCAGAUUACAUCACCA